UCCGCCUCCGAUGCGGAGUCGACCUGCUGAGCACGGUCAGAGCACCGACCGGAGUCCGUAUCUCGAGUGUUGGCGAGGUGUUGCAGCUGGUGUGCAUUGCCUCGUCUUGGUCCUCUGAAAUGGCCAGUGUGGUUCCGCGAGUGACGCCCGCCGAGCUCAGCUAGUAGCGGUGGUCGCUGGUGGGACGGUGGGCGUGUGUCUUCAGGACGCCCGGACGCCGACACUCCGGGGCAUGACGGCCAAGUCCGGAGGAUUGUCGCCGAAGACAUGAGCAGCCCUGCAUCGAGUUAGGAUGGUCCGGAGCGAGCAAGCGCUGGCGCUGCUGGCCACAGCCUUCCUGCUCUUCAUCAUGCCUCCAGGUUCGCAACAGGGGCCGCACGAAAAGCGGCUACUAAACAACUUGUUGGGGCCCUAUAACGUCUUGGAGAGACCCGUAGCCAACGAGUCAGAACCUCUUGAAGUCAAGUUCGGCCUAACUUUGCAGCAAAUCAUUGAUGUGGACGAGAAGAAUCAACUCCUAAUAACAAAUAUUUGGCUUUCUUUGGAAUGGAACGACUAUAAUCUCAAAUGGAACGAAUCGGAAUAUGGCGGGGUCAAAGACUUGCGGAUUACUCCAAACAAGCUGUGGAAGCCUGAUGUUCUUAUGUAUAACAGUGCUGAUGAGGGUUUCGACGGGACUUUCCAAACAAACGUUGUGGUCAAACAUAACGGCAGCUGCUUGUACGUCCCUCCGGGUAUCUUCAAGAGCACAUGCAAGAUAGACAUUACGUGGUUCCCCUUUGAUGACCAACACUGUGACAUGAAGUUUGGUAGCUGGACCUAUGACGGCAACCAGCUCGACCUGGUGCUCAAUUCCGAAUCGGGUGGUGAUUUAUCAGACUUCAUUACAAACGGAGAAUGGUACUUGAUAGGGAUGCCCGGCAAGAAGAACACCAUCGUCUACGCAUGUUGCCCCGAACCGUAUGUGGAUGUGACGUUCACGAUUAAGAUCCGGAGGCGAACGCUGUACUACUUCUUCAACCUUAUAGUUCCUUGCGUGCUCAUCUCCUCCAUGGCGCUACUGGGCUUCACGUUGCCACCGGAUUCUGGCGAGAAGCUCACUUUAGGAGUGACCAUCUUGCUCUCGUUGACUGUGUUCCUGAACCUCGUGGCAGAAACCUUGCCCCAAGUAUCUGACGCCAUUCCUUUGUUAGGUGUGACUAUCCUGUUGUCACAGACUGUGUUCUCCCUGCUGGUGGCGCACGUGAUAACCCAGACGUCCGACGCUGUGCCCCUGAUAGGGACCUAUUUCAACUGCAUCAUGUUCAUGGUAGCGUCGUCAGUGGUCUUGACUGUGGUGGUGUUAAAUUACCAUCACCGCACGGCUGAUAUCCACGAAAUGCCUCAAUGGAUCAAGACGGUAUUCUUACAAUGGCUGCCGUGGAUGUUGGGGAUGAGUCGACCGGGCAAGAAGAUAACCCGGAAGACGAUUCUGAUGAACAGCCGAAUGAAAGAGUUGGAGUUGAAAGAACGAUCUUCGAAAAGUCUUCUUGCCAACGUUUUGGACAUCGACGACGAUUUCCGGAAUGUGUCAACCGGCGGGAACAACGCUUCGAUGACGACUAGUUUAGGCGGUACGUUUAUGCGUCACCCUACGACGAUCGAGGAGGCAGCCGUCCCCAGCUCGGGCACGCAACGCGACCUCCAGAAUAUCCUACGUGAGCUUCAAUUCAUCACCAACCGCAUGAAGAAAGCCGACGAGGAGGCCGAAGUGAUCAGCGAUUGGAAGUUCGCCGCGAUGGUGGUGGACCGGUUUUGUCUGAUAAUCUUCACGAUGUUCACGAUCAUCGCCACGGUGGCCGUGCUGCUUUCGGCGCCGCACAUAAUCGUGCAGUAGGCGCGGCGCGGGGUGACUCUGAACUGACUUUUACUGUGAUACAAGCAAGCAGCGUAUCGUGUCGGCACAGCAGCGUGUGCGAACAGCGAACGUGCCUUCCUGUGGAACAUUUGAACUGACAACUAAAAGGCAGGCACUUAUGUGCAGCGCCCGCGCAUUGCUGCUGCGGUUGCGAGUGGAGCGCUCGCCCCAAUCGGAGCGAAUCUGCGAUUUUGCGAAUUUGCGAUUCGCUUGGAGAGCAAGCAACCAUCGUGCGUCAGUUAUCAGCAAUUGGGCAGUUCGCACCCUCCACGCUAAUCACUCUAGAGCUAGACAGUACCACAGUACACAGUACUCACGCGCAAGUACGCAAGUAGCCAGUUGGUAGGGUACUCUUAGUUCGAGGUACACACGUGUCUGCCUUUUGUUCGCCCAUUGAUACAAAUAAAAGGUGUCCACCUGCAUUAAAACAAUUGUGAUGAACUUCGCAAGUUAAUUAAUAAAGUAAUCUAAUGAUCAGUUAUAGAUUAAAUAGUAUAUAUAAAUGAGUCGUAACCGCGGGUAAGAUGCGCAAUGCGCACGUUUUAUACGAAGACCGAUAGUCGGAUGUAAGGACAAAUUGAAAAAUCAUUGAAUUAAUUGUCUUGCAACGACUGGAGGUCUGUAAGACGAUGGACGCCGUGUGCGCGGCUCGUCCACCUCCUUGCUCACAGAUUAUUCGAGGAAAUGAUGUCGUCUUCCUACUACUAUUUAUUUUAUAAAGUGUGUUUUGAUCAUCGUAUUGGCCGAGCGCACGUCGUCCUCAUUUUAUAUCAUGUACCAUUUUUAAUAUCAUAUUUAAUAAACUUCGAAUUUUUAAUUACUACGCAAGUUUCUAUACCAUUUGUGGAUAAGUGGGUUGCCAGCCAACCCGAUAAAUAAUAACAAUAAUAUUCUUUAAUUGAUAAUAAUGAAUGAAUUAACAAUAGCAUUUAAUACGAUUUUAAUAAAAACGUUUCUUUGGGCAUUUUAUAAUUUGGACGAGUAGUAACAUAUCUGUCGAGACUACAACCCAAAUCAAUCGGUCGCAUUGCCGUUGCGACGACGAAUGACCAUCUCUAAUCUCUAACGAAUGGUCUGCAUUUUUACCAAGACAACCUCAACCAAAGUCUCGGAUCACUCCGAACUGAUGACUUACUUGAUGACUAUACCUGCUAUUUCUUUUUCCAAAAGUACCUCUUACUUAACAAGACACGCACUGUUUCUGGAAUGAGAGAGACGAUCGAAUGAAGCGACCAGAUAGUCUUUAGUAUCCGCCAAUUGUCCAUUCUUACUUAGAUUAGUAUCGCAGAGAUGUGUAGCCGAUCUUUAGAAAUUACGAAAUAUACUAGAGUAAAAUGUUCUCCCACUUCCCGGCUUCUUUAAUUUCACGUUUACAUAAAUAUAAUACAGUUCAUGCUCAAAUUUCAAAUUUUUGUUCGCUAUAUAAUAUAUUUAUAAUUCUGUUAUCCUGAUGCUGGAAUAAAUAGAUGAAUUAUGUCGAAUAAAUGUAUAUCGUAUGGUUGAAAUAAUAAACGCAGAAAAUUCAGUUUUAA